AUGGCACCGACUUCCACCAAAGCCGAGGACGGCGCCGCCAACGGCAUGACGAUACAACCAUGUGAUUCGAACCCCCAGUCCCUGCGACAGACAUCCUUAGAACUCCGAACACGCAUCGACAGGUUUCUUGACGAAGACCAUACAGAAAACAAGGCCCUACGCAGCCUGCAGGGCCAUGUGCGCGUGGCAAUGGAGGUGAUUGGGGAGGCCCUGCAACGUUACGGACUCGAUCACCUGUCCCUUUCUUACAACGGCGGCAAGGAUUGCCUCGCCCUGCUCAUCCUGAUACUCGCUUGUUUACCCGAUCUCGAGAGCCUCCCACAAAACGACUCGUCUGGCGCGCCCUCGGUACUACCAAGCACACUACAUUCCAUAUAUAUCGUGUCGAAAGACCCCUUUGCCGAAGUGGAAGAUUUUGUCGUGCGGUCCACAGAGCAAUACCAUCUCGACUUGCGCCGAUAUGCGCUGCCGAUGCGAGAAGCGCUCGAUGCCUACCUAGAGGAUCGUCCAGAAGUCAAGGCGAUAUUCAUGGGAACCAGGAGAACAGAUCCGCACAGUGAUACGCUAGGUCACUUCAGUCCGACAGACAAAGGGUGGCCGCAGUUCAUGCGGGUGAAUCCCGUCAUAGACUGGCAUUAUGCGGACAUAUGGGCGUCGAUACGAUGCCUCGCGCGACCCAGCGUCGCGCUGCCACCUCGCGUCUUCACGGCAACCCAACGACGCGCACACUCGUCGGUCGUUGCUCCGUUGGCGUACGAUCUCCAUGAGCCAGCUAAGCCCAAGACCGACAAACACAAUGCGCCAAUCAUCUUCAUGCAUGGGCUGUUUGGCUCUAAGAAGAACAACAGAGCCAUGAGCAAGGCUCUGGCUAGGGAUCUGGGCCGUUAUGUCUAUGCGUUGGACCUCCGUAACCACGGCGAGUCGCCACAUCACAAGCGUCAUGACUACGACGCCAUGGCGGACGACGUGCUACACUUCAUCUCGGAGCAUAAGCUCAAAGACAGCACGCUGAUUGGCCAUUCUAUGGGUGCCAAGACGGCCAUGGCCCUCGCUCUGCGCUCGCCAGACUCUGUCCAGGAUAUCGUGUCCGUGGACAAUGCGCCUGCGGACAAGAUCCUGAGCCGCGACUUUGCAGACUACGUCCGGGGCAUGAAGCAGAUUGAUGCCGCAGACUGCACGCGCCAAGCUGAGGCGGACAAGAUACUGCAAAAGGUUGAGGAGGCACUUCCCAUCCGUCAGUUUCUGCUGGGUAACCUGCACCGUCCCGACCCCAAGUCGCCGACACAGAAGUUCAGAGUACCUUUGGGUAUCCUGGGAAAGAGCCUGGACAACAUGGGCGACUUUCCCUACAAGAACCCCGCGGAGAGGAGAUUCAACAAGAGAGCACUCUUUGUCCGGGGCACCAAGAGCAAGUACGUACCGGAUGAUGUCCUGCCGUUGAUUGGGGAAUUCUUUCCCAAAUUCACGUUGGUGGACAUUGAUGCUGGUCAUUGGGUCACGUCUGAGAAGCCGGAAGAGUUCCGCCGCGCUGUGGUCGAGUUCCUCCAGCCGCAGGAAUGA